ACAAUUUCUCUGACUGCUUAUAGGUAGUCACCUGUUUUUUUCCUUGCCGAAUUUCGGUUGUUGAGUAAGUUGCCGGGUGUAGGCAGGCUUCUGAUCUAGACCAACGUUUACAUACCUAUCUAUUUUUUGCUGACUCCAUGCAGCAAACCUCUGCACGUUCCUUUGUCAAUAAUACCCACUCUACAAAGAGAUGCCUAUUCGCAUAGGCUGGACCUUCUUAACAGACUUGCAUGCUUUGAAAACGAGGGCCUAGGACAAGCAUGUCGACUGAGAUACAUCCCUCAUACAACCAACCUCACCUGACAUCCUUUCCGAGAUCGCCGGGGAGGUUCGAGCAGUCGGACCCGCGACCAUUCGCCUUUAAUCGAACUAGCCAGUCAAUACUAUUUGGGAGGUUCUUGCAACAUGGCAGGUAGUGGUUUUCUUAGCUCUCUAAAUCCGUUUAGACCUAUAAACAAACUUGGUAACACCGACCAAACCCCUUCGCGCCUUGCACGAUCCUCACCUCCCCGUCCCCUUUCAAGCCCACCGCCUGCGAAGCGUCAAAAAACCGAGGAUAAUAAGACGAAAGAGGAUAAUACACACACGCAGCUUUGCUUCGUCCCCAAAUUGAGGGAUGAUAGUCCCCCGAACCAGCGGAACCAGCGCAAACGCUCUAUCGACGAUAACGACUCUGGACAGACAUUAAAAUCGCAGUCGCCCAAUCCAAAAAGUACCAAUUCAGUCCCGAUGAAUGUCUCCGAAUAUCGAAGCUCGGAACGUAACGUCAAAGUACAUCUAUCAAAGAGGCGCCGCCGAGCCAACACAGCCGAUACGAACCUAGACGAUAGUGACGGCGAGGUUCAAUUUGUCGGGGGGGCCGGAACUGCGACGAAAUUCCCAAAACAACCAAGGAAAACUGACGAGCGGCCUAUUGGAGACUUCGCCCCGCAGUAUCAAAAGAAUAAAAAGACACGCGGCGCCAUAGUGGUUGAUAACAUUGUCGACGAUACAGAGAGCAUAGGAUAUCGAAGGAAGAGAAAGAUGCCAGGGAACGUGGAAUCUAGCUCGGAUGAACUAGCACCAGAAGCACAAGACAUGAAAGCAAAGUUACCAGCGAAACGGUCUACGACUCACUCUCGGAGUUUAUCUGAUAGAGGUAAUAUUCCGUCAACGAUAUUUUCGGGGUCGUCUCCUAUCAGAUCGCAGAGUGCCAGUGUGCAAAAUAACAACCCAGAUUGGGUGUGCGCUAAGGGUAUCAUUGACGAAAGGCUUCGCAUUGCACAGGCUGUUUCAGGACAGUUUAAAUACGAUGCACGGAAGGCGAGCUCUGGGGACGAAUGCUUCCUUAAGUUGGGAGACAUUAGCUUCAUUCUUCGACCGGAAGAUAUAGAUGGAGUUCACAUGAAGCGAUACUCGUACCUCACAGUCAACUUAUCGAAGGUCAAGGUUAUCGAGUAUUCUUUUGGGCUGAAUUCCAACCUAGCCUUGAUUGAUCGUUCUAUCGAUGCUACAAUUAGUGGCAACCAAAAAUUGGUCAUUAACUUCGGAUAUCCCGACGACCUCCGUCGUUUCAUAAAAUGGGCAGAAUUGCGUAGACAAGACGUACGGCCACCUAAAAUUAUCAAACUCCCGAUAGACCAGGACAAGCUGGACAAGACAUUCGACUCCAUGAUGGAAAAGGCAAAGAGAAAUACCGUUAUCACAGAUGAUAUGUCGAAAGGAGAUGACAUCAAACUCAUAGAGCACAACGCAGCAAGGCAAGCGAAGUCCAUGAACCAGCUGCAAUUUCCACCUAGCCAGGGAAAGGCGAAGGAUCUAAUGAAAGCGCCCGUCUCUAUGCCUUCAAACACUAAAGUAACAAUUACAUCCGAUGAUCUGCAGCGCCAUGAUGUACGACGAUCGUCGCGGAUGACCCGUUCUACGUUUGCACUCAGACAUUCCUCUACAGAAUCUGAUUCCCCGGAAUUGCCUGACCCCGAAGCGUGGACAAUCAAAAACCCUGGCUGGGAGAAGACCUGGCGUAACUCUCUUGUUUUUCCUCCUCACGGAAAGAACCGGGCUACGGUUGACAAAGAAGACAUUCCUCGGUUGGACGAGGGCCAGUUCUUGAAUGAUAAUUUAAUAAUUUUCUAUCUACGAUUCCUUCAACGUUCGUUGGAAGAGGAGAGACCAGAUCUAGCCCAGAGGAUUUAUUUCCAGAAUACCUUUUUCUACGAAAAACUCAAGUCUACUAAGGCGGGCCAGGCUAUCAACUACAAUAGUGUCAAGGCAUGGACUUCCAAAGUCGAUCUCUUCACGAAAGACUACAUUAUUGUCCCAAUCAAUGAACUUUCCCAUUGGUAUGUUGCCAUCAUCUACAACGCACCGAAGCUUCUCCCGUCCCCAGGCAACGGUGGUGCUUCCAACACGCGGUCCAGAGACACAACCACCGUCGAGGAAGAUGCUAGCGACUCUAGGAGAGCUUCUAGUGCUUCUCCCCAUUGUGGAAAACCUGGUGAGUCCAUAAACGCAGAGGCCGUAGUCGCCACAGCACAAAACGACGUGGCAAAUCAUCUGAGUCCCACAGAUUCGAACAAGCAGGAAACAGACGUGCAGGUGGUCGAUCAAGAGCAGGACAGCUCUAAAACAGAUGUGGAACAGCUCCCCCCACUAAACGAGAAUUACCAACGAAAGAAGCCUGGGAAGAAGAAUUUCCCGAGUGCUCGAAAGUAUAAUCCAGAUCAGCCAAGGAUUAUCACGCUUGAUUCAUUAGGAAUACAACAUUCUCCAGCUUGUGGCAGCCUCAAGCAAUAUUUGGUUGCAGAGCUUAAGGACAAGAAAGGUAUCGAGAUAGGAAACCCUGGAGCGCUGGGCAUGAAGGCGAGAGGUGUCCCCGAACAGACAAAUCAUUGCGACUGUGGAUUAUUUUUGCUGGGAUACAUACAGGAAUUCCUAAAAGACCCCGACAGAUUUGUCCGUAGCCUCCUUCUGGACGAUCGUGAAAUUUCUUGGGACCUUGACCCGUCACAACUUCGAAAUGAAAUUAGGCGCUUGAUUUUCAAACUUCAAAUGGAGCAGCAAAGUCAAGAAGAUGACCAUAGAGAAGAGAAGCGCAACAAAGCUGUCCUCUUAAGAAGAAGGAAGGCAGCGGAUGAGCAGCAAGCAUACCAACAAAGUGCUCCGCCUGCAAAGAAUGACUUCGUCGAUCAAUAUGUGCCUGAACCCUUAGAUGAGGGAAAGGGCCCCAAGGAGCGCGAAAUUGCAGCCGCAACAAAAUCGAGGUCACCUACCCCCAGGCUUAUUGAUUUAAAUACUAAAACUACAUUUGAUUCAGAAGACGGCCAUCAUAUGCCAGGUUCGUAUCCUCAAUCCCCUACCGCAGACGGCAGAAAUGCAAGGGAGAGGUCUAUCGCUAGUAAUAAUGAGAGUGCGAAGCAAGUGGAGGCCUAUAAGUUCGUUUCACCGCUCCCCGAAUCCGCUUGUGGCUCUUCGGCAUCUACCCCCGUGGUCGUCGACGACUCGGAACCCUCUCAGGAACGAAAGCGCAUGUCUACCCCGAGCCGUGCCGAUGUCAAAAGAGGCAACACACCGGUGGAGGUAGAAGAUACCCCGCAAUCUUACAAGAAAUACAGCCCAGCGAGGAUUGAGGUCCAAGAUGAAGAACAGUCGCCGAUAACGAGUCGUUAUUUUGAUGGCCGAAUGCGCGGCGACCGAAUGGCUUCGGCUACACUUCACGAUGAGCUGAAUCAAUCGCACGAAGUCGUCGAUCUUUCAGACUAAAUCUACGUAGUAUAUCGUAGUCACGCAUAUUUACGAGAUUCGAAGCUGAGAAAGUAGAGAAGAGAGAGGCCCGCUUUGGAUGUAUUGAGAGAGGUAUCAUCUUCACCUCGUACAUAUCAGCAUGGAAUGGCGUAGACGGUCGGUUCGGUUGUAUUUAAAGGUUGCAUUGCUCAUAUACCCUAGCAGAAAGCUGGCUGGUUCUUUCGCCGGUUGUUACAUAAGUCGGUGAAUUACGAAAAACGUAUUCGAUUCAGACUUGUAAGAUUCGUGCACUAUAACUCAAGCUA